ACCAAAAUGAAUAAUUUAUUGAUAAGAGGAUAAUAUUUAUAAAGUGUGGAAAUAUGCAUUGCUUAUUCGAAAUACUAUUGAGGUCAAGUCAACAUGUUUCGCCUUUUCACAAUUUUUUUAUUAUUCAGCGCAGUUUAUGCAAAACAUGAGAUUUACGAAGGAGCAUCAGUGUAUGAGUUAGAAGUUGAAAAUGAAGCCCAAUCUAAGGUGGUGUCUAUGCUAGAAGACCAACUAGCCCUGGACGUUUGGUCGCACCCUGGACCGUCGCGGUCUGGUAUGGUCCUUGUGCCCAAGAACUCAAAGGAGGAAUUCGCUUACAAACUGCGACUAGCUGGCAUCAAAUUCCGUACUACGGUUGACAACGUUAAAGAACAAUUGGACCUAGAAGACCGUCUAUUGGCCGCUGCCGCUGCCUCCAGUAGAAUCCCUUCAAAAAGUGAUUCAAAAGCUGCUCUCCCGCUAGACAGAGUGUACCAAUGGGAAGAAGUUGAAGCAUACAUGCAGCGCUUGGCCCGGGCGUAUCCCGACAAAGUGACCCUGGUCAGUGGAGGCAUCAGCUUCGAAGGAAGACCUAUCAACUACCUGCGUAUAUCCACCACCAACUUCCAGGACAGCAGCAAGCCAGUAGUGUUCAUGCAGUCCCUGCUCCACUGCCGCGAGUGGAUCGGCCAGGCCGCCACACUGUACGCUCUGGAGAAACUUCUCGUUGACAACACAGAGAGUGACCUCAUCAACAACAUUGACUGGAUCAUCGUGCCCACAGCCAACCCCGAUGGCUACGUGCAUACUCAUGAAGCUAACCGCUACUGGAGGAAGAACCGUAAAGACGGACUUUUCAUCAACGACAUAUGCAUGGGCGUCGAUUUGAACAGAAACUACGACAUCUUCUGGAGCACCGAAUCUAGCAACUCAGUUUGUUCUGACACGUUCCACGGCAGAGCACCAUUCUCUGAGCCAGAAACCGCCGUCACUAAGAAGAUUCUAGACGAACACAAGGACCGUAUCGAGCUAUUCCUGGACAUCCAUAGUUUUGGCAGCUACGUUCUCUACGGCUACGGAAGCGGUCAGCUCCCAUCUAAUGGCCUGGCUUUACAUUUGGUUGGAGUUUUAAUCGGAGAAGCUAUUGACGCUGUGAAAUUGAGAACCAAUCCGAAUUACACGGUUGGUAAUGUGGCGUUGACGCUGUACCCUGCUUCAGGAAGCUCUCAAGACUACGCUCAGAGUUUGGGUAUUCCUUACUCGUACACCCUGGAGUUGCCCGCCUACAGAGGUAGUGCGACGCUUACCGGGUUCUUGGUGGAUCCUGAGUUUGUGGAACAGGCUGGCUACGAGACCUGGGAGGGGAUCAAGACUGGAGCGAGAUUCGCUCUGAACAGUUACAGAACGAGAAAAGGAAUACAUUAAAACAAUUUAGGUUUGUUUGAAAUGACUAAAUUAUGUUUAUUAAAUUAUUUAGAUUUGACUGUUAUAAUAAUAUUAAUAUGAUGUUAAGAAAUAAAUAUUGACUACUAACGUUUAUGUUGGCAAA